CCCUUCACCUUCCCCUUUCAAUGCCAUAUUUUCCCCUAAAAGUAAAAUGUCUAAACCACAGCACUUUCAUUUUGUUCUCUUACUCUCCACUGUCGUGGUUGCCUUAGCUGCCAUUGCCAAUGCCGCCGCCGCUACAUCAAUAACCCCACGAUUCAAGGAAGCCCCGUCAUUCUAUAACUCUCCAGAUUGCCCUCUCAUAAUAGAUGAAAAUCAUGGAUUCUCCAUUUUGUUCUCCGAUCAAGCUGUUCAUGUGGCAAUGACCCUUGACACUGCUUACAUUCGGGGUACAGUGGCGGCCAUUCUUUCAAUACUUCAACACUCCUCUUGUCCCCAGAACAUUGCCUUCCAUUUCGUCUAUUAUGAGAGGGCCAUUCUUAGACGCGCCACUAUCUCUUCCUCCUUCCCUCACCUCAACUUCCUUGUCUACCCUUUUUAUGAUUCCUCUGUUUCACGUCUCCUUUCGACCUCCAUCCGCUCAGCUUUAGACUGCCCUUUGAACUACGCUCGAAGCUACUUAGCCAAUCUCCUUCCUUCAUGCGUCCACCGAGUCGUGUACCUUGACUCGGACCUGGUUCUCAUCGACGACAUAGCUAAACUUGCCGCAACUCCACUGGGAGACAACUCAGUCUUGGCUGCACCAGAAUAUUGCAAUGCAAACUUCACCUCCUACUUUACUUCAACGUUUUGGUCAAACACUUAUUUUUCCUUGACUUUUGCGAACCGUAAAGCUUGUUACUUCAACACCGGAGUAAUGGUAAUCGACCUUGACCGAUGGAGAGAAGGAGAUUACACGACAAAGAUUGAAGAAUGGAUGGAAGUUCAAAAAAGAAUGAGAAUCUACGAAUUGGGUUCUUUGCCGCCGUUUUUAUUAGUUUUCGCUGGAAAUAUAGUGCCUGUUGAUCGGAGGUGGAAUCAGCAUGGCCUAGGAGGAGAUAAUUUUAUAGGUUUAUGCAGAGAUUUGCACCAUGGUCCGGUUAGCCUUUUGCAUUGGAGUGGAAAAGGGAAGCCGUGGGCGAGACUUGAUGCUAAUAGGCCAUGCCCUUUGGACGCUUUGUGGGAACCUUAUGAUCUCCUGCAACCGAAAACUCCAUUUGCAUUGGAUUCAUGAUCGGAACCAUCUUUCUUUCCACUGUUUGUUUGCUGAGAAAGUGACAGAAUCACCUAGAAAAAGCAGGAGUACAAUAAGAAGAAAUUAAUUUGCUGUAAUGUCAACAAGGGGAAGAAAAUCCAGAUGCAAACUAUAAUAAUUAAUGGGUUAAUGAAUUCUAUUCUCGGAUGUAUGAUAAACGUAAUCGAAACCUGAAUAUAAAUGUCAUCGAAACUAUAUUGAUUUGAAUGAAAAUAAUAUAUGAUUGUAGUGGACUGAAUUAA